AUUUUUCCCCCAAAUCGUAAUUUAGACCCAUUGACGCGGUCUAAUUUGAUGUGGGACACCCUGUACUUAAUUUUAUGUAGACUCUUUGGCAGUAUUUGUAACAACUAAUAUUCAAUUUUAGCUGUUUUUUAUUUUGUAUAAACGUGAAGGUUUAAUAAUUGAUUGUGAAGAUAUAAUUCUUUGCAAUACGGUUGUAAUAAAUAAAUACCACUUCGACAUUAAAUAUAUUUAAAACCCUAAACCCCUACCAUGCUCUAAUGCAAUAUGAUGUUGAUAUUCACCGUGUUUAUUAUAAUUGUUCUGAGUUUUUCAACCAAUCAAUCUCAUCCCUGGCAUUUAUUAUUGACUUUUUUUUCGUAGGAGGGACCUGCGUUGAUUUUCAAUUUCUUUUCUACAUUUAAAGAUGGGUGUGCCUGGUUCACUAGCGGUACCCUUAAAAUCUUUAAUUUAUUAAUAAUAUCGAAGACUUUUUGCUUAAAAUUAUAACUUUGAUCAUUUCCAGUAAAAAUCCGGAACUCAAUAGUCACUUAUUCAGAAAAUCCACAGCUAAUAACAAUCCAUUUUGUGGAGAAAAACAUGGAUAUCUCACUUAUUCUGUACGAUAACUGUUGGGAACUCGAAAUACCCUUUAAUAAGAGAAAGUUCACUUUAAAUUACGUUUCUAGUCCCUUUAUUGUGGUUUUGUUUUUUAUUUGAUUUAAAUAUUUCAGAUAAACAUGAGCGUCGCUCGACUGAUCGCCGAGUCGGGUGUUUGCUGGCCCGGCGAGCUCAUCGGUCAACCUGAUCUUCUUAUUUACUGUUCAGACGGGAUACUCACGGGAUCACAGGUUCAACUAGCUGCUGCCAGCACCUGGAUAAAACAGCUCCUGAUUCAAGCUGCUCAGUUUGAAGAUUCAAGAUUUCAGACACUUAUUCUUCCCUUUGUUACAACAAAACAGAUGAAGCAGGUGCUUGACUUGAUGUGUGGUGGAAAUGUAGUUCUCAUGAACUCCGAUAUUCCUCACCUCGUUGAGAUCUCCAGUCUGCUCGGCUGUAUUGGGGAUAUGCUCAAGGAACCCGUGGAACAGAUGAUACUUAGUUCUUUGCCAAAAGAUGAAACUGUCAGCUCCGAAGAGAUUGUACCUGGAAUAGCCGAGGAUGGAGGAGGAGCUGCCCUGGCCUCCGUUCUCAAGUUUCAGCAGAGUGUUGAAAGCGUUCUUCAUGAGAUUCAGAAAGUACAGGAGGAAAGGAUGAAGAGAAUGGAGUGGGAAGAGGAGGAGGAAAAGAAAAGGAACGAGAAUAGAAACUGGAGUAAUAUCUGGCCAACAGCUGGAGGAGAACAAGUCACGCCGGUCAAACCAGAAUCUCCACCUCAGAUUAAAUCGGAUCCAAUUGAUAGUGACGAUUUUGUGGUGGACGACGAUGAGUUCGAUGACGAAGACGAGGAUUAUGUCAGACGAGACUCGUAUAAGCGUAAACGAAGGACGAGUUUUGACCUGGACGAAUUCGAGGAAGCGCUGAUUGAACUCGGUGAAUCGUCGGCUUCAAGGAAUGGAAGCUGUGUAGAGUGUGGACUAUGUGAUAAGACUGUACAUGUACCUGAAGAUAAGAAAACCAAAGCUAGAAUUAAUUUCUUCAAGAAAUUACAUUAUAACAAAUGUUUAAAGAAUAGAACGGAAGGAUUAGACUCUGAGGAUGAAUCAAGAAAUGAGCAAAAUGACCAGGACUGCUUGGAAGAUGUUUAUCUAACUCAUGUCAAACAGAAGGAAGAGGACAAUUUCAGAACUGCUCAGGGACGGAGAAAGGCAGAAGUUCCGCCUAUAGAAACAAUUAGGACAUUCCUGAACGCCCUUGGGAAUGCCACUGUGGUGAAUCGGGGUCACCAGAUUAAGUGUGGACUUUGUGCUAACAAGCUGAGGGUCAACAUCGGCAGAACUAUCAUGGGAAAUAUCAGAUAUUUUGAGCGAACCCACUUCCUCCGUUGUCCAGUACGGAUUGCUAAAGUUGGAAAACCAACACAACUUAUUAGUGAGCAUUUUAUUCCGGGGCGCACACCGAUUACCCGCAUUCUGAAAACAAUUCAUCUUUUUGACUUCAAGCGCGCAGAGAUAGUUUCACAGCUACUAGAAGAGACAGAAAGAGACGUUAAAAGCCAUCAUCCGUUUGAAAGAACGAGCAAGAAAAAGAAAAUGCUGAGGAGAUAUGAGUGA